AUGGCCAAACUACAAAUAUGGCUAGCAUUUGGAAAGCGUCGUGAGGAAGAUCCCCUACAUUGGAUUCUCAUCCUUGCCCUUGAGGGUUCGGCAACUGGAACCUACUAUCACGUCACCGGGGGGCCGACCCAAGGAAGAGGCUACACACUGGAAAUUCAGGAUGGCAAGCGAGUCAACAGUCACGGCAUCAGCGCGCACUACUAUAUCGGCGAGAUUGACGAAAAAGAUCGAAACAAGUUUAAGGCUGCGGCACAGAAGGUUCCGAAGCAGCGUUGCCAAAAGUGGACCGUUCAGGUUCUGAAAGAACUCGAGAAGAAAAAUUUGGUCGCAUCUGGAACUGGCGACUAUUGGUCGACUCAGGUCGAGGCAUCGACAAAAUCAGCAGGGAAAAGCUCGAGCUCUUCUACGACGGCAGUCGUUGGUCAGUCGAGCUCUUCCAGCACCUCCACUUCUGGUCCGAGUGGCAUAGGCGAAGCUGCUGGCGAUUGGAUAUGGGACGACGAACACCAAUGCUACCGGUGCUGGGAUGGGACCAAAUGGAUUUGGCGGUCAGCAAGUGGACUGGAGUAG